GAGAAUUCUUGGCAAGCCUCAUUGUGGCGUGUGGGCAUCAGCCACAUCUGGCAACUAUGUUCACAGUUCCAACAGCAGCGCCUCAGCUCUCACACUUCAACGCCAUUUGCCUUCAUUCAUUCUCGCGCACUUCCAUGCUGGUCAUGGGCCAAUAUAACACGAUGUACGAUUUCUAAACAGUCAGGCGACAGUACCACCUUUCCAGCGGGCCUUGUCAUAUAGACGUCGUAGCACACUCGAUGAAUCGCCCGCCAUCAUGUCUCCCUCCUCACCACCACCGCAUACACCGACGGGGCCGCGGUCGGAUCCGCUAGACCACUCCGACUCCGAGUCCGACUCUUCUCAGGUCACACUGCAGCAGCGCCGCUCUCCCUUGCCUGCCCGUGUGCCUGAUUCACAGGCAGCGCACAACUACUCGCGCCCUACCCCUCCCCGCGGUGAAGCUCACCGGGGAGAGGCCCAUGGCAACCAGGGCGACUUAGGUGCGCGACUUGGACACCGGCCGCGACAGCGUUCCCAGGGCUACUUCGAGCCUAACCUACCAUCCAGCAGCCAGGCCAGCAUGUCCAGCAACGCCCACCUCAACGCAUCGCAGAUUGCCGCGCAAACCGCCAUGCACGGUCAGGAUCGACAGCAUAACAGAAAGCGCUCCACCACGAUCCCGGAGCCUGGUAGUACUGGUCCGUCUGGUCAACGACAACCAUCAAGCCCCCCACCGCUGCCGAGCACCCAUACAGUGACAUUCAAAACCAACGGCAUGACAUAUUCCAAUGGUAUCGUGGGAGGAAACAGGAUAGCUGCGACAACUGCAGCAAACUUGGUCUUCCCAAGAAGUCCUCUGCACUCUCCCGGUUUACCCUCUACGCAAGAUCAUGGUUCACCCAAGCCGGCUCAGACGGGGAACUUUGAGCCUCAGCGGCCAGUAAAAGAUAAGAGCAGGCUGAAUUUGUUCUCGAAGCCAAAAGCCAUCAGAGUGGACAGCAAGGAAGGGGAAAAGAAAGGCUCAACACUGCCCUCUCCCGGGAAGAUGGGCAUUGGCAUUCACAGUUCCCAGGCGCUCAAUCGCAUGAUGAUGAAUCAAUCCACCACCAGCUUGAUUGAUCCCAGCGUCAGUAGCACUCCAACGCUGUAUUCCAGUGCAAAUGCUUCAACAUCCACUCUUGUACCAAGUCUGCCGGAGAAAGAGAAGGAGAAACACAAACACCACUUCCUCUCGCGGAAAACGCAUAAACUCAAGGACAAGGACGAUCACCCUCUGCCUCUUUCUUCCGCAAGCAGCACCUCUCGUCCAACAGACCCGAGUGCUCCACAACCCCUUUAUUCAUUUACGGUGCCAGCGUCUCCUGGGCAUGCGAGUUCGUUCGCGAGCUCUGUCACCGGCUUGGACCUUCGACAUGGUGCCCGCCACCUCAGGCAGAAGAAAAAGGAAGAGAAGUCUGCGGCGUACCUGGACACCACACUGGAGGCGCCAUUCCGCGAAAGGAAUCAUUCUUUCAGCACUGAAAGGACAGAACGGCCCGCCAUGUCGGGGAGUUUAGGCAGCACGACUACCGCCAGUCUUGGCCAGCCUCCCGCAACUGCGUUAACGUAUUCGACCGACACUAUGGCAACCAUCGGCCAUGCCUUCGGGAUAUCUGGUCUUACGCCAGAUGAUGCAUGGCCUCUCCUCAAGGCUCGACUGUUGCAUAUCUUCGAAGGCGAGGAUCCGCGUCCGCCGAUCGAAGAUUUCAAUGCUCUAGUAACGGUACACAUCAAACGCUGCAUCCAGAAGCGCUCCCCUAUCCUCAUUAUUGACGACUUGAACGAGCUUCUUUCGACUGGUUUCUCCUCCCUUGACCAGACGUUGCGGCAUAUCCCUGACGACAGACUUAUUCCGCAUUUGGUCGAGAUGUGGCUUGUUGUCUUCACCACUAUUUUACCCUUUUUACAAGCAGUCUUCCUGCCGCUCGAUCUCGAGUUCAGAGGGAAAGGUAUAAUGCCGAGCACCGCUGCGGCGGACUUUUGGGGCGUUUUGCUUCCCGAUGAGAUGAACACGAAAUCUCCGGAAAAUAAAAAUAUACCCAUUCUCGGUGAAUUGGACGUUCGGCGGAUUAUUUUACUCACAUUCAGAGACACCGUCAUCCUGCCGCGGCACGACACUCUCAUGACCAUCUUCUCUCGAUUAUCGCUUGAGAACCUCAAUGCGGGCCUUGAGUCGCCUUUACCCACUUCGCUGGACUCUGGAGCGCGUCCUGGUACGGCAGGAAGCGUGCAGGACGCGAUGGGUAGCUUGAACUCCACAUCGCACGGCUCCUCGGGUGGUUAUCUCGAGAGCGCCAUUAGCAUCAACUCUUCGAGCUUCAACUCCACAUCUCGCUCCCGCGCUACGUCCAAUACCUCUGCUGGCUCGUUUUCUGCCCACUCGUUGCACUCGAAUCCAAGCCAUGGCCACAACCUUCUCCAUCCGAACGCGCCGAUCCCACCGGCUUUGCGUCCUCAGCCUAUGGACUCGGCUAAGGUGACGGAGACUGUGGGUCGCAUGUUGCAGUGCGUCAGCGUGCUGGUGAGCCUGCAGUCGGGCGAUGAAGCGCAGGAGAAGAUGGGCAGGUUGAACAAGGAACUCAAGUACAAUUGGCUAGGACGCGGGCGGACGGGAAGACAGCGAAGAGGAUUCGUGGGACCGAGGAGGGGUGGAGGGAUUACGAUUCCUGCGGGUGUGCCGGGCGUUGGGACAUGACCGUAUUUUGAUAGGGUUCGGUAGCUUGGACAUGGGAUAUAGGCGUUUGGUGGUGUCUUUGCGUUUGCAAGGCUGCUGGGAAUGCGGGAAUACGUUCAUGUUACGCAAUGUGGGAUUGAUAUCAGGAAUGGUUGGCAAGGCUAGGGAACGGUUCAUGGUAGGCAACGAAUUUAGGAAUACCCUUUUUGCGCGCUUGGAGGUUGUUGCAUUUGCUCAAGAAUACUGUCCUCCUGCUGGCACUGAGUCCUACAUGCCUAUGACACUCACCUCUUUGCAAAUGGACGCACUCUGGACUUUGUAUACUCCUCUUCCCCAACACCCAAGGUGCUUCUUGAAGCCGGACAAUUCCGUGACUUUACUUCGUCACGU